AUGAUUGGAUUCGGGGUUUUGCUUACCAUCGUAGUCCCCGUUCUUAGCUUUAAAGAUGUUGAUUUAUCAACGUGCACUGUGACUAAGGGGUGCUUACGACCUCCAAUCUGCGUUGACAAUCUAUGUGAAUAUGGAGCGACCUGGCGACUUGUUGAACAAGAUGAAAUCCAGUACAUUGAAUUUGAGCUUUUUGGUGAUAUAAAGUCAAGUAGCGGAUUUAUCUCUCUCGUUUUUUCAAGGGAUCCCUAUUUUGGUGGAGAUGGCUUUGUUGGUUGUUACUACGAUACUGUUGACUUCAAAACCGUCGUUCGAGCGGGUUAUAGACCUGAGGCUAGUGAAUCUAAUCACCUCUAUAAUCCUUCUGACGAUGAGAAACUACUCAUCACUACGGGAGGUGAUCUCGGGAGCUCAUAUGUUGAUGCACAGCACUACCUGCAGUGUCGCUUCAGACGUCGUGUAACUCCUGUGCGAAUGGCAAAUCAGCUUAAGGAUCUGGCGCCACCGAAUGCCUAUUAUCUCAUCAUUCAACGUGGAUCUGACCCGCUGAGAACGAGCUUUGGGCAGCUCUAUCCUGGUGGUGAGGCCACAUCCAACAUCAGUGCUAUCAUAACUUCAAUGAUUGCCUUCUCUGUUGUUAACGCAUUCAGUGGAUUUGAAUCUGUUUACAGACCACUCUACGACCUGACUGUCGGCUACUUGGUGUCGCAUUCUCCGGGAGUGGUGAAAGCACACGGCGCAAUGAUGGUGCUGGCCUGGGUCUUUUGUUCCUCUGUAGGCGUAAUCAUCUCGCGCUAUUAUAAAGAUAUGUGGCCCAAUGCCGGCCUUCUGGGUGAGAGGGUGUGGUUCCAAAUCCACCGCAUCCUCAUGGGCAUAUGUGUGGGUCUCACAUGUCUCGCUGUCAUUCUUGCCUUUGUAUUCUGCCAAGGCUACUCGGCGCUCAAAAUCUACCCGGACUAUAUUCACCCUAUCCUCGGUCUCAUUGUUCUGUGCUUAGCUGUCAUCAAUCCCUUCAUUACCUUCUGCCGUCCACAUCCAAUGCACAAGAACCGACCUUACUUCAACUGGACGCACUUUAUCAUUGGCACAAUAGCUCACGUCCUCUCUAUUCCAACCAUCAUGCUUGGUCUGCGAAUGCCCGCAGCUGGUGUGCAGUUGCGAAGCCUAAACUAUCCGCUCUGGAUCCUUAUCUUUUUCGUCAUCUUCCAGUUCUGUGUUGAACUUACUCUGGAGAUCCAUGGUUGCAUUCAUUACCGACGUAAUAAGCAUAAGAAGAUAACAUACAGAAACGAACUUGAACAGUAUCAAAACGCCGUUCGCGUGGGUGGCGUCCCCAUUCCUCGGCCUGUGGAACCAGAACCUUCUCCACAUCCCAAGCAUAACUUUAACUUCAUCGCCGUUUUCCGUCUUCAAGGGUCGCAUCUUCAAAUACUUCAUGAUCAGCCUUCACGCAACAGUGGCAGCCAUCGUAGCUGUCAUCCUUAUCAUCAUUAUCGCCGUCAACUGAGUAACAAUUGUACGCUGGAAGCACACGCUUCCGACUUCUCUACCUAUCUUAUAUUUUGGUCUCACCUGCAUGAACAACGAUAUGCCACGUCAACACAUACGUCAUAG